UAUUGUGUGAUCGAGGACCAUCAGGCCUACACUAGACGACAAAAAUAUAACAUUCAUGCAUGUAGUGGCCUUGCAGAAUGUAUGCACUCAGUACAGAACAGACUUCACAUGUGCUGUUGCCUGUUUAUUUCAUGAAAAGAUUGUAAUUUAUUUUGGAGCCUUUGAGCAUUUUUAUAGUUCAAAUUGAAUAUUUGUUAGCCAGGCACUGUUGAUGUGGUGAUUCGUUUGUGCUCUGAGUCCUGUGUGACUCUCCAAUCCUGAGACAGACAGUAACCCAUCCUCAUGUCUCCAUGUCUCCUAGACUCUCCACCCAAACCCAAGUUAACCACAGAGGAGGUGGCGGUGAUGGAGGGGACCUCUGUGAGUUUGAGCUGCUCUGCUGCAGCCCCCUGUCCCAAACUCCCACCAAAUCUGACAUGGACCCCCAGACUAAGUGAGAGUGUGGAUCAACUGCAAGAGAAUGAGGAUAAAACCACAUCUGUGUCUUCUGUUCUGACCUUCACUGCUUCCCACCUCCACCAUGGGCAGAAGAUCAUCUGCAGGGCACUUUACACACUGCAACAAGGAGGCAAUCAGACGUCUGAGGCCAGUCUGACUCUCAGAGUUCUAUAUGCUCCUAAGAACACCUCAGUGUCAGUCAGUCCCUCUGGUUCAGUGUUAGAGGGCAGCUCAGUGACUUUGACAUGCAGCAGUAAAGCCAGCCCACCAGUGCAGAACUACACCUGGUAUAGAGUGAAUGGGACAGAGAUGAACAUUGUAGGAACUGGACAGAAUCUCACCUUCAAUGUGACUGAGUCCAGUGGCAGUGAACAGUACUACUGUGAAGCACAGAAUAAACAUGGCAAGGAGAACUCAACAACUGUACUGCUGAAUGUGAUAUACAUGCCUCAGAUCUCUGGCUCUGGGAGCUGCAGCAGAACUGCAGCAGAGAUCAGCUGCUCCUGUGAGAGCCGUGGGAAUCCCUCUCCCAGCAUGGAGUGGCGUGUGUCUGGACUGCGGGUCACUAACUCUACUGACAGAGUCAUCAGGGAGGAGCAGCUGGGGAACACAGGCCUGAGGAGCUCCCUCACCAUGCGCCACUCACAGAGAGACACGGCCACUCUCCUCUGCCUCAGUACCAAUGCUCUCGGCACCUCCAGCCUCCAGCUCCACGUCCCGUCUCCACAGCAACAGUCAGGUUUGAACAUUACCUCACUGUUGAUUGGUGCAGCUGCUGGUGUUGGUGCCAUGAUGGUUAUAUUCCUCAUCAAGAAGGCCAUUCAAAAGCAGGCCAGGAAAAAGACGGACAGCCAGUGUUGUGAAAGGAAGGAAACUGAAGGGAGUCCUCCCCCAGCAGAAGAAGACCCAGUCUACGCCAACCAUGCCAUGGCAACCACCCAACCCAGGGACCCACAGCUGGGAGGAACAGACCCACAGCCCCUGGCAGAGGACCGAAACAAGGCAGAGCUGGAAAACAUGCAUUACGCCUCGAUAAAGCACUCCCCCCGCUCCGUGGAGACACAGGGCCAGGAUGCCCGUGAAGGAGCCGCAGGUCACGGUGACGAUGUGGUCUAUUCACAGGUGGCCCUGAAGAAGAAAACCUAGAAGGGGUAAGCAGAGGAAGGGGAGGCGGACUGGGGGGGAGUCCAACCAUUUUUUCUUACCUGGAGGAGCGGCCAUUCUUCACAGGAAAAAUUUGAGGGAAAAGCAGAAUGCAAUAAUCCACCACGGUCCUUCAUCAAUCUCACUCCCUCAUAGAUUUGUAAGCCAGUCAUAAGUAACAUUUGGUCUCAUGCGCUGGUCAGCUUGCUGACUUCCCCCUCCUGGAGUAUAGAUUGUUAGCCCCCACCGUUGGCACGCAUGCCUGUGGGGGAGAGCUAGAGAAGGAUUCUUAGAGGCGCCUCCUUGGGCCCUGGAGGCCCCCCUUUUCUCACAUUCCUACAGGAUUUGAGUACAGGAGUACUGGAGAGGGCAUAAAGAUGUUUCAUGAUAAUCCCAGGUCAGAAUAUAGUGAUGUUUGGUGUUAUUCUGAUUGGUUCAGUGCGACUGGUGUAAUGGUCUAGUUUUUGUAACAGUCUACCUUUGAUAUCACAACCAUUCAGGAGCCGAGGGGAAACUGGGCAAAAGCUGUCUCUGUAGAAGCCAUGUGUUUUAGCCCCCUGCCGGGUGGGCCUGGCUGUAAAUUAUAGAUGGGUGACUCACUUUUUAGAACUAAGGCCUGGAUUUCGGAGAUAAGGAGAAGAAACCAAACAGUCUGGAAUGUCUCCUUUCCUUUCAUUCACCCAAAUCAGGUUUAUCCAAAAGGUAUAUUACCAUGAGAGGCACAAAAACAUAUUUACAGCAUAAUGCAGUUAUCAUGAAAACUCCCAACUACAGCAUUCAUAGAUAUGAUGGGGCGGCCUGUAGCAUGGUGGUUAAGGUCAGGAAGGGCUGCCAUGUGUGAGGGGCCUGAGAGCUGGGGUUCCAAUGUUGUUUAGACUACCUGUUGGGGAGUUAAGAAAAGAAUCCUCCCGAACAUUGGUGACCUCCCUGUGACCCCAUACCUGGUCACUUCCGAGGGGGAAGACUCCGGACAAUGCCACAGUGCCCUCAUUUGGGCACUGCUGUCAUUACACCGGUGACUGCUCUCUUAGAUUAAAUAUUCAAAACUGCUAUUAAGAUAGUAAAUAGACCCGGUAACACCUUGAAAACAUUGCCCAUGUGAUCCUUGUAUUAUUGCAUUAAGUCUUAUGUAAUGGUAACAGGAAUUGCAUGUAAAAUGGAUAAUCAGGAGGGAAGUUUUAUGAUAACUGCAACAUAAUAAAACAUAAGGGUAAUCUGUUUGGUAUGGAUGUGAUCCGAUAAAAUCAAGGAAUCGGAUGAGAUACAUUUCAUACCAAAUGGAAUUUAAUAAACUAUUGUUUCAGUAUCCCAAGGGAAAACCUACACGUCCUCUCUUGGUAAUCAUCUAAUUUUCCCUACUCAACAACCCCCAACGGUGGGGGUCUAAAUUCCAGAUUUGACCACCCCUCCGGGUUGAUUUAUGGCACUGCCGCCUGGUUCCAAAUGUAUGAUUUGGCAUAAAAGCGAGGGAGACAGACCAAUCUGGGAAGAUCGUAUUCGACUUCCCACACAACAUGUCUUGUGUAUGUAUGCCUGUAUGUGUAGCAGGGGAAGAGCGUAUUCGACUUCCCACACAGCAUAUUGUACGUGUAUGUAAGUAUCAGGAAGAUCGUAUUCGACUUUCCAUACGGCAUAUUCUAUACUCUGUGUUUGUGUGUAGUCCAAGCAGGCUAGGUAUGAUUAUUUACUCUAUCUCUAUUCUUAAUUUGUAUAUUUUAUACUUGAUUGUGAUAUUCUAAAGCUAAUAACCUACCUGUCUGCGAAUAAACUAUUUUGCUUGUAA